AUGAAAGCGCCAAAACAGGCUACGUACAGGUUAACGUUUUACGACCUGGCGUCCACCAAGACACGUAACAGGUGCCAUCGCACUGCUUCCAACCAUAUGAAAAAACUCGCAACAUUUAAGCAUAGUUCGUUGCGAUUGUGUCUAAGUAGGGGUAAAGUAAAUUCAGACCACGAUCAGGUCCGAUAUCAUGGUGUAAAGCUCCCCGAAAGGAAUGUCAACUGGGGUAAUACCCCGGCAAAUGUAGUUGCCGAAAAUGGCGACGUACGGCAACAUAUCUGUUGCGCUCUGGCACGCUUCAAGCGCAUCGAUGUGGUACUGGAGGCCACGGCAGCAGGCCUCGCGGCCCAAUCGCGGGAUGGGCACGUCGAGUUCAACAAGCGCAGCGAGCUCGUAGAGCAUCAGCCUCAAAGCGCCCUUGCAAAGGUGGUCGCGGUGCUCACGCUGCUCUUCAGUCAGGCUCGACUUGUAUUGCUCAAGCAUGCCCUCGCUAAAACCGGAAGCUUUCAGCCCGUCGUUCAUCGCCUCUUCUUGUUCCUCGUCAGUGUGGCUAUCGUCGCAUUCCAAAUCCUCGCGGCGAAGCGGUUUCCCAGGGCGAUCAAAUUCCUGCUGAGCAAGCGCAUCGGCGUACUCCGUCGGCUGCUCGGCGAACUCCUCAGUUUGUUGGGUUGCCCCUUCGUAGCUCUCAUACAUCUCUACCGCAUCUUCCGUCUUGAUUGGACCCACAGUUUCGGUGACAGCGAAAUCGUCAUUCGUUGUCGCGGAGUAGGUCGUGUCAAGAGGGAGCAUCACAUCCUCCGUGACUGCCGAAGCCCCAGCAGUGGGCUUCUGCGAGUUUCGGAAGGCUAUAGCGAGUUCGCGGGCGCCGUCGAAGCCGUGCUUGCUGAUCGAGAAGAUCUUUUCGAUGCGCUUGCACUUCUUGUAUGCCUGGCCCACCCAUCCCAUUCGGCGCACCGUGGAAUUGAACCACACUCCACGGACCUUAGGGUACAGCUUGCUGCGGCGGAUGUAUUCCUGACGCAGUUCGUUAGACAAAACACCGUGCUUCGUGAAGUUUAUGUAAUCCUGCUUCAGGCUGCCGGAGAGGGUCUGCGAGAAGCUCAGCUUGUCUUCCUCCUGGCUGCCUUCACUAGGCUUGAAACGUUUCCAAUCGAAGUCGUUGUCAGCAGCGGUACCGGUUAG